GCCUGCAGCGCGCACCCUCCCGCCGCACAGAAGACUGCUUUACGAUGCUAAACACCACCGAUGAAGAGUGAGACAUUCCUGUCUGAUGGCCGGCGACCUCAUAUUUAUGACCACACAGAGUUUUCUGACAAUGACUUUGGGUAAAUCAAAGAUGCAUACUCACAGGAUGAUUGAUUGUCACUUCCAAACUACUUCAGUUGGAUUAAUCAGAGCUCAGCAUGCCUCGAUCAUUUCUUGUCAAGAAGUAUUUUUCGUCUAAGAAGCCUUGCUACAGAGAGAAUCACCUGGAGAGUCAAAGAGCUUUUGUCCCAGAGAGUUUUCCAAAGGCUGAACUUCCUACCCAGAACCACAGCUCUGCUCUGACCUGCAACACCACCACCCCGUUCUGCACCAGCUUUGUCACACCUGCACCAGUCUCCCCCAUCACACCACCCUCUUCUAUGCCACUGGCACCUCUGGACCUCAGCAGCUCUUCCUCCAGCAGUAGUGGUGAAGAAGAAGAGGAUGGAGGACGCUCAUCAGACCCACCUAGUCCAGAUGCAGUCCACCACAUCUACCAAUGCCUGCAUUGCAAUAAAAGCUACAGCAGCCUUGCAUCACUCUCCCACCACCAGAUAUCCCACCAGCAGCUUGUUUCAGCUCAACAGACUCCCUCUCUGUCCGGCGAAGCUUCCAUCCGACCGGUCUUUCACUGCAAACACUGCUCAAAGAAGUACACCAGCUUGGGAGCUCUGAAGAUGCACAUCCGCUCUCACACUCUGCCGUGCGUGUGCCCUACCUGUGGUAAGGCCUUCUCCAGGCCAUGGCUUCUCAGAGGACACAUUCGCACACAUACAGGCGAACGACCCUUUGCUUGCCAACACUGUAACCGGGCCUUCGCUGACCGCUCCAACCUGCGUGCACAUUUGCAGACCCACUCUGAAGUGAAGAAGUACCAGUGCAGCUCCUGCUCUCGGACCUUCAGCCGCAUGUCUUUGCUGCACAAACACUGUGCCUCUGGAUCCUGCUGUGCCUCAUAGAUCUACUGUUUUAGGUGUCCAAAGAGAAAGGAACCUACAGAUUUAGAUGAUACAAAACUGCAAAGGUCUGCAGUUUUUUAAGGACUUUACAUCUUAUAAUUGUAAGUUCAACAUUUUGGCUGCAUUCUGUCAACUCUGUGAUUUAAGGGCAGCUGGACAUUCACUUAAUUCCCAAGAAACUUGACUGGUGCCGGCCGGUCCGGGACCCUAGCCACACUACAGCUGCUGGGGUGUGUUUGUAUGCACGAAUGUCAUUCCUCACCAUACUAUACAUGCAUGAUGUGUGGGUGUUGAGACAGCUGUCUGUGUAUGGUGCAGCGCAGGCAAACUGCUGAGAGACAUGCCACCUCCACAACAGGUGACGCACACUCCUCGCUGUGGUCAUGCCCAGACCAUAUUUUCCAGACCGAUUUGACCAAAAUGAUUCCUUAUGAUUACUUAACAUUGUGUUGUCCAAUUUAUAAAGCAUUUUGUUAACUUUUUAAGGUAUAUACAUUUUAAUGCCGUUUGUAAAUAAAGUUUUUUAAGUCAG